GGUUCCUGUUGUGUGGCUCCGCCGGUGACUAUGACAGCAGCCUGUGUGGUGGCUGUCUGACACACGGCGAGGAGUUUACAGGAUGCAGACAUGAAAACGUGGAGAUUAAACACCUGUGAUAUCUGAAACCCCACGGUCACACCUGAGAACCAUGAAACUCGCCACUGUGGCCUUUUACGGGUUUGCUCUGGCUCUUCUGGCGGCUGGCCUGCGAGAGUUGCUGACUGGCUUCGAGGAGAACAGAUGUAGUAUGACCUAUAUGUUUGAAUAUCCAGAGUACCGGCGGGUGGCUCUACCUCGCCGCGUGGCCAGACUGUACCCGGCGUACGGGCUCUACCUGUAUGGAGAGGGCGUGUACGCUCAGGAGACCCGAGCGCUCAAGCUCACCGGUGCACCUGUUCUCUUCCUACCUGGCAAUGCAGGCAGUUACAAACAAGCUCGCUCUCUGGGCUCUGUGGCCUUGAGGAAGGCGGAAAACAUGGAGGGAGGUCUCCACUUCAACGUGUUCACCGUGGACUUCAACGAGGAGCUGGUGGCGCUUUACGGCGGCAGUCUGCUCAGGCAGACACACUUCCUGCAUGAGAGCAUUAAGGCCAUCCUGAGGCUGUACAAGCACCUGAAGACCCCCCCUCAGAGUGUGGUGCUGGUCGGUCACUCUAUGGGAGGGGUGGUCGCUCGAGCGCUCUUCACUUUGCCCCGCUUUAACAGCAACCUGGUCAGCCUCAUCAUCACACAGGCCUCCCCUCACCUGGCUCCAGUUCUGGCUCUGGACCCCUACCUGCUGGAUUUCUACUCUACAGUGAGGCACAAGUGGGUGACCCAGGCAAAAAAGCUCAGGAACGUCACAGUGUUGUCUGUAGGAGGGGGUUACCGUGACUACCAGGUUCGCUCCGGCCUGAUAUCCCUACCGUGUCCCCAGGGAGACCCCAAUAAGUUUUCCCUGGUGGCGACUGCAGUCCCCAGGACAUGGGUGUCCACUGACCAUCUGUCCAUCGUUUGGUGCAAAGAGCUUGUUCUUGCUACGGUCAGGGCGUUCUUCGACCUCAUCGAUCCAGAAACCCGACAGUUCACACACAACCCGGAGAAGAAGAUGGCCGUACUGAACCAUCACUUCAUCAGACACCCUGUGAGGCUGGUGGGAGAAACCCAGGACAACGCCAUCUCCAUCUUAGAUUUUCCUGAAGCAUGGAGUGAAGUAAACACGCUGCGUCUGGCUUACAGCACACCCAAGGAGGGACAGGUCAAAUACUUCCUGUUUGCACUGUCGAGCCGAAGGAAAGCCUACAGCCACUUCUACUGUCGGAGCAGCAACCUGGAGAUGACGAGCUGGGUUUAUGGCUGUGCGAACAAGAACGGUUCCUCAUGUGUGCGUGCAGUUGAUCUGUCCAUGGCCACUGAGCUUCUCCCACCAUACAAGGUCCUGAUUCUGAGUCUCAGUGACUUGUCCUCCGUCACUCACCUGGUUGUUUCAGCCUCAAACCUCAAUGGCAGACAGUACACGGUAGAGUGCGAGUGGCAAAGAGAGGAAUCGCAGACUCUGUCGGUCACAGUGCCUCAUGUUCUGUCCUUCGGUUUGACUGCGAGUGAUGUUACGGUCAACUCCUCUGGACUCCUUCACGCCAUCAAGCUUCAUCACUUUCACCAGGCCUAUCAAGCUUUUAGAAUCAAUGUGGCAAGCCAGUGCAAAGUACAGAAAGAGAGACUACCCAAUGUGUACAGAAUACAUGUACCCUGGUUCAGAGAGGACUCUUUAACAACAGCCAGUGUGCCGUCAGUGACUGAGAUCUCAGGGAUGCUCCACACAAGUCGUCCAGACAACACCUCAGGUGUCCUCCUUCAGCUCCACACUGCCCCCAACUGCCAAUAUAAGGUGUCGGUAAGGACUUCAUUACCCAGAGUUCUUGGACAGAUUCUGAGGUUUUGUGGACCCAUGGUGCCGGUGUACACAGCUGUAACGCUCCUCCUGGCCUGCGGGGGGCAGCUUACCUCCAUCCUCAAAUCAGGGCGAGCUACAGAGAUGAGCAAGGUGGUGGGAAAUGGCCUGCAGCCUCACAAAGUCAAUCUGCCUGUUUAUAUUCUGCACGCCUUGCUCAGCUGCAGCUGUUUUCAAGAAAGCUGGGCAAUGCUUUUCCUCCCCCUCAUGGAUUCCCUCCCACCCACCACCCCUGAUGUAACAUUUCAAGAGGGCGUAAUACCAGUUGAUGAAUGGCCGCACCUCCUGUCCCCUCUGCUGUACAUCUUUGGGGCAGCUGUUGCAUACUGGGGCAGCACACUCCUCCGCCUCAUAAUGCGACUCGUCUCACUCGUUUUAGCUCCGCUACACAGACCAUCUGUCUCCAGAGACUGUGGCACGCUGCAAUGGCGGACCCAGCUCUUCAUCACUCUGUGUCUGGCUAUUUUGAGUUGGAUGUCCUGUGGAGCGUUGUCGAUCUGUUUCGCCUUUCUGUUCCACCUCUACAGGGUUCUGAGGCUGCAGAUGACAGAGAGAUCGUUGAGCCACAUGUUGAAUCUGGCGCCUCAGAAGCACAAAGAUGCUGAGAAUGGCACAGUCCAUGCUGAAUCCUCAAGCAAGCCUAAAGAAUGUAACGGCGCCCCCCUGCUGUCAGAGAGUGCUCUGCAGGAGGUGAGGGAUGACUUACAGCUCCACCUCUGCCUGUCGGCGCUCUGCACACUGCCUGUUAUGCUCAUAGCACCCUCACUCAUCCACUGGAUCCGCAACCUGAGGUACUCUCACCAGUUGGACCCAGACCCUUGCUGGCCACACCUUGUGCCUCUAAUUCUCGUGUACAUGCUGCUUAUUAACUGCAACACUUUAAAACUCAGCAAAAGUAAAUUCCUGCCUCUGACAUCCUGCCUCCCUCUCCCCUUGGCCAUCGCCAUGGUGACGUUCUCUCCGCUCCACCUCUACAGAGUCACCUACUUCCUGUUGGCGGCCCUCGUCCCUCUGGCCUUGUGUAGUCUGCUCUGACGGUACCUGACUGGUUUCAGUCCACAUCUCCACCAUUACAAGCCUUUCUCUAACUCACAGCUUUACUCACUGAAGCUGGUGGGGGGACGACUCACUCCGUCUAGCUGCCGUGGAGCAGAGCCAUAGACAUACAUAGCUUGGGGAACUGCCUGCUCAAUGUUGGCGCUAAAAGCUCCAUGGUGAUUACACUAUGUUUUAAUAAGAGAGGAUGUAAUGGCCCUGGAACAUUUGGUGCGAAUAUGGCUGUGAAGGAUCGACCUGAAACCAAGUUUGCCUUACUUUGUAUAUCUAUAGCUCUGCCUUCAAGGAGCAACAACUCCAUAACCAGUGAAGCUACUGAUACUAGAGGUACACAACAGGGUGUUACUGUUAUGAUGUGUUCUUUUUUGAUUCGUGCUUACAGUGGCUUAUGGUCACUGCGCUGUAUACUCCUACACUGCCUACUGCUUAGCUAAGACUUAAAGCUGUGUGUUAUUUCUGCUUAUAUACUGCCGCAGCGUGGACACAAAAAACAGUGGCCGUUUCAUACAUUCAUUCCUCAAGGAAAAUCCAAAGUAAUCACGUUUGCACUCCUCCUUAUACACUCUUUUGAAAUAGGUCAACGACAAUGGCAGCAAAAUGAAAGGCUGCACUGAAACAGGCGUCAGUGCAUUUGUAACGUUCCUGCUUUGUCUUGAAUAGUCCAGAAGAAGAAAGUCAUGAUCUAAUCAACAUUUUAAACACAUUGCGAUUCAUUAUGAGGUUACACAUAGGAUAAUAUUUUCAGUCUUGUUUCUAGUGCGGUACGUUGACAUAAAAUGAAUAAUCACUACUUCACUCCCUCAGGCAUUGGUGUCUGUUAAAGACCGAAAUAAUUUAAACGUUAAACUUCAAACUAAACACAGAUAUCAUUUAAAGCUCCUGUGAUGAACUUUCACUUUGUGUCGAUUUUGGCGCCCCCCUGUGGACAAAGUAGUAAUUCUCUGCUGGUCAUGUUCUGUACAUGCACAAGAAGUAUUUCUUGAGACAAAAACCUCAACCAGCUUUCUCAUAACAGGCAAACAUUUCAAUCAAUGUAAAUGUUGGUGAGGAAAAAUGUUGAAAAGGCUGUUUUUGCUCUGUGAUGUUGAACACGACAUCUGACAAAAAAGUUGCUGAUAGUCUUAUUUGCUUUUCAACUCACAUUGUGUCAUCAUGAUUAAUUUUAGUCUUCUUCAAAACCAGCUUAAAAAAGUCCUCACAGGAGUUUUAAGGGGAAAACAUCCAAUGACAUGUAUAUCAGCUGUUAGAUGGAUUUUACUGUGCUGACCUAAAUAAUAGAGCUUUUCAGUUACCGGAGACAGUUACUCAGAAGCCUAAUUUAUAUGAAAAAUGUCCAAAGCAAAUAAUAUUUAACAUUAUCAAACAAUUUUAACCAUUUGUUGUCUUGAACAUGGUUUUUAAAAGUUGUGACGCUACAUGUUCUACAAACAGAGCUGAGAGAAAGUACGAGGUAGAGGCUCGCAACUGAUGACACACUACAUUAAGAAUAUGUCUGAUAGGACAGUAUGAACGGAUGAUGGGAAUAAAUUAUUAAAGUGGUCAGGCUCUCGGCAGCAGCAGACUUAAAAUAAUCACCUAACAGUCGUGGGGUUAGAAAUAAUCGUGCCAUAAUUUUCCUACUUGAAAUAAGUGAGCCAAGAACAAGAAGACAAGAAGCGGCUUGGACGCCAUUUGCUUUGUUAAUGAUUAAAAGCCUUGUUUCUUUAUUUUAAUACUGUUACAUCAAACUAUUCUCCUCUUGAAUUCAGAAUCAUUUGAAUUAUUUGUUGUUCUCAACAUUGUGCUGCUCUAUUUACAGAAAUAACUAAAUUCAGUGAGUCGUUUUUUAAAAGAAUGGCAAACUCUGUCGAUAAAACGUCAAACUUCCUGCACAGAUAUUUCAAAUUAAAAGCUUACAGGGAACCAUCGAUUCAGCGUGAUCCCAAAAUUUCAGCGAGAAUCAGCACCGCAGGUUUUUUUUGAUGGAUUUAAGACAAAGCUUAAUGUUUAGUGAACUAAACAGGAGGAAGACCUCGGUAGGACACAUGGACAUUACAUCAUGUUUGAAAUAAUAUUAUCUGUUCCUACGAAGGUAAAUGUGUUGUGCAGACAGGAGAUUUAAUAGAUACAUUCACUACUUGACGCCUUAUGCUGCAGCUGGAAAGAAUAAAGAUCUGACAUGUUGGAUUGAGACGUUUGCUUGCCCAUUUGAGAAUUUGAUUAAGAGUGUUUUUGUGUCAUUCUUUCUGACCAAAGUCAGUUUCUGGCCUGGAUCAAACUCAUCAACACGUUUCCUUUGCCAGUCAAUCCAAACUACGAUACAUGGUGGGGAUGAUUACUUCAUGGGCUCUAGUGUUUUGAUCAGCGCAGCAACCUCCAUGUUAAUAAUCUCGUCCACUCCAGUCUGGUUGAGUGUGCCAAGUUUUCAACGAUGUGCUUGUACUGACUGGUUACUUGAGAUUACACUAAAAUGUAAUGAGGUGAUAGUGAGAUAAAUAUGGUGAAGAAAAAUAAACAUUUGGGGUGCAGUCAAAUCAUGAAUAUUCAUGAUGUUUUUUUUAAGUACUAGAAUCCCUUGUGGUUGGUGAUGUGAAGGUUCAGAGCUGCAGAGUCUGUAUGUUGUUCUGGUAAAGCCGUCAGCUUGUGAAGUUUAAGAAGCUGAUUAUUUAAGCCUUGGAUUUAUGUUCAGUGAAGGAUUAUGAGACGUCUGUUCAGUAUUACGGCUGAUAUACAUUUACGGUUUGAUUCAUGGAGAUUUCAACAGCUUCUAGUUUUAAUGGUUUUGCGAUUCACAUUUUCCUUUGCUUUGCACGGCUCAGUGUCGGGGUCAAUACGAGGACUGACAGUGAAGUACUGCGGUCACAACAGCAGGGGUACAGGUGUGUAAACAGGGUGUAUUUUAUCAUUCACAAUUUCAAUCUCAAUAUGACCAACUAAUUUCUAUUAAAGGAGAUCUAUUAUCCUCACUUUCACCAUUAAUCACGUCAGUCUGGGACAACUAAUGAGAAGCGUUGUUGUGUAGCUCACACUCAAAAACCUCCUUAUUUAUCUGAUUCUGCCCCCAAUUAAACCCCUUAUUUCAGCCUCUGCCUGAAAUGCUUCAUUUUAGCUACUGUCUCUUUAAGACCCCCCCCCCCCUCCCCACGUGCCUACUUUCCUCUGAUUGGCCAGCUCCGUUUGCAGCCGAAGGAGCAUUUGAGUGAGCUUCUGUGUGGGCGUGUCCUUGAAAGAGCUACAGGGGUGGGCGUGUCCUAACACUUUGGUCUCUGCUUUUCCUCUAAUACCUCGGCAGAACCUAACAUCAGAUUCUGGCCGUGUCUCGUCAACGUCCCGUUCAGAGCGUAUUUUGAAAGUGUCUUAUCUUUGUCUUACAUCCUCCUGCUGUUGCUCACACAUGCUCAUGUUAGUGACGCCGCUGCUGUGCCUUCCUCCUCUCUCGUGUAUGCAGCAGCGUUUCUGUUAACCGCUCAGUCCUCAGCAGCAGUGUCUUUGCUCUACGCUGUGAAUGUAAGUGUACUUCACUGGUUCUGCGUGAAUGUGUUUACUCUCAAAACAUCCACACCACUGCAGUGGGGACUUUUCAAACGAGUGUGACUUUCUAAUAACGCAACACUAGAGAGACUUUCAUCCGGGGACCAAGCCUCUAAAGGAGGCGUACAAUCAUUCAUCGCCGCACUCUGCAAAGCUGUUCCUCCUAACGUGAAUGUACCUGCGCUGAAUGUCUCUAUGUUUGACUUUAUACUAUUAGUGCUGUCAGUGAUCCGUGCACUCGUCUGUUUGGUGCAGUUUUAGUGCUUUGAGAUGCACAUGGUAUGCCUUGUGGUGAAUUGGUGGCACACACUCCUUUUUGUAGUACAAAAAAACUGAAGAUAAGAGUUUUUGUUUGUUUUAUAUUUAAAUAUUAAUGUGAUUUAUAUCGGUGUUCACUGUGAUCCUGUCGUAGUACAAGAUAAACACAUGAGGGUUUUCUCUUUCCAAACACUUUUGAUGAAACAUGAUGUUGCUGUUUAAAAUGAGGUUUAUGUUUGAGUGUUGUUGUUUUUUUCUCCUGUAAAAAAAAUAAAGAAGUAUCUUGUAUUUGUCAGAAACACAGAAAGUCAGUUUAAACCACACGCAGGACUCGGGUAGAAAACCUUGAAGUUGGACUAAAACAAUAAACGGGAUUGAACUCAACUUAAUCUUUAAUACUGCCAUUUAAAAAAACCGGUGUAGACUGUGAUCUAGUUUCUCCUUUUUGUAGUCGAGCUUUUAGAAAUGUUUCAUCAAAUCACCUGAUUUUCAUCUCCUGACAUGAAAAGAUCUCAAACAAUUGAAAGAAGAAAGUGAAUCCAUCGUAACUCCACUUGAAUAACAUUUUCAGUAAAGCUCUAUGUGUUGACAUGCUCCGGUUCUACACAAAGAUCAACGUUAACAAACGAUGAUUCGCUGUAAUUUCACUCAAGUCUUAAAGUUGGGCGAUAUGAUUCUGAUCAAAUACACUUUGUUUUUGGGAACAGAGCGGAUAUCUCCUCACUGAUUGCUACAGACAGAAGACGAGUCCAUAACUCCUCACAACAAGCUGUCUUUGAAUCAUGUUACCUUUCCUUGUUUUCACACUUUGCAAGUAAACGGUGCAGCCGCCCAAAACCUCGGCUGCAUUUCUCAUAGUUCAACCUUCAGAAAAAGAGUCUUUAAGUGAAUCACACUUGUAUUUCUUCACUGAACAUUCACAGCUUCUGAUCCUUACCUAGAAGGUUUUCGUUUCAGUGUUGAAUCAGCAAGCCUUUAUGUCCAAAGCACACGUGUCUUAAAUGUAGGUACACUAGUACGAUACCACAGUGAAUAUGACAAACACACUGAGACUUAUGCUCAGUACAAAACAUUAAAGAUCACUGUGGAAAGGUUUUCACAAGCUUAGAAUUUUUAGUGUUAAUACUUUUUAAAGAUGGCUGUUGAACUUUAAACCUCAUUAUUGAUUUGUGUUCAUAUUUAGUCAUAAAAAGUUGAUUAAAACAUAUUUCUUUCCAGUGUUUAUCUGGUCAUGUGGAAGUUAUAAUUAUACUAAAUGUCACAGCUGUCUCUAAGUGCUUUAAAGUCUGGUUAACCUAUCAGUUUCAUUUAUUCUGCUUCUGCCUUCACUGACUUUUUAAACCUGCUGGUCCUUGUUGUGCAGUACUAGUUAGUCCUUGCUAAAUACUGCCCCCUGCAGUUAGCUGAAGGAAGUGAACAUGUGUCAAUCAUGUCUGAGGGAAAAGAUGUUAUUUUUAAAUUUUGUGGUGAGGCUAAAGUGUGGAAGAGUAUGUUCUCCUCAGGUUCAGGCAUAAUUGUGUCAAAACUGAUUGUGUAGGUGUUUUUAUAUUUUUCACAUUUUUAAAUGAUGUUAUUGUAAAUGGGCAAACUGCAAUUUUUGGCACCAUUGUUGUUUCAAUAAAAACCAGAAAACGAU